GGGCAAAACGUCGAGAAUAAAUACAUUUUUUUACAGAAACAAAUAUUCAAACAAACUACCAUGCAUGUAUUAACCUUGCGCAGUUGACAGGUGGUUGUUGGGAUGCAAUAAAAAGUUGCUUGUAAACAAAUGAACCACAAUAAAAGUACAAUAUCAAAACAAUAGGACCCUAAAUUUAGUUGUGGAGGCUGUGCGCCUUGUAUUUUUCACCGAACUAUCUCCCACCCAGAUGGAACACACUUGCCGAUUAUGUACGAUUAACGACACGACACUUGCCAGCAUAUCGAACUACCGGUUGCUAGCCGUCGAUCAGGAAGCCACCGUACCACUGGACGAUCUCAUUGAACAGUAUUUAGCAAUAAGUAUACAUCCUACCCCGUUUGAUCCACUGAUUUGUGCCGACUGCUUGAAGCGUAUCGACGAAUGGCACACGUUUCGGGAAAACUGUCACCGACACAAUCGCCUCUUUCUGGAGCAAAGCAUCGCGUACGAAGAGGUGCCCCGAUCCGAUACGCCGUACGAGAUUUGCUUUCCCGAGCAGGAAACAAAACGCGAAGAAAAUGCGGAGGAACACAAAUACAAUGUUGUGCCGAAGGAAGAACAGAUCGAGGAACACAUCGUGGUGGACGAGAUACACCUGCAGCCGGGAGAGGAAAAUUUCAUCAUUGUGCAAGAUCAUCUCAACUGUACACCAACGGAAACGAUAGCCAUUGUGGCGGAUCAACCCACCUGUUCAGCAAUUACGGAGCAACUACCUGCCGCACAACGGUCGGAGAAGGAAGUAAGCCCACCGAUAUCGAGUACCGAGAAACGAGGACGGCCAAAGCAAACCAAAGAAAGUGGAGACCGAUUAGCAUCCAACCAGCAACCAGGGCAGCAGAAAAGACGGCACCGAACGUUGCCAAAAAUCUGUACUAUAUGUGGCGUGUCGCGUACCGACAUGGCAGCUCAUAUGCGCUGGCACAAUAAUGAGCGACCGUACCAGUGUCCGCACUGUCCGAAGAUAUUUCUCAACAGUUCCAAUCUGAAAAAUCACAUCAAUCUGCACACGCGUGACAAGAUGUACAAAUGUGAUCUCUGUGAUAAGGAGUUCCCGAGCACUACGGGCCGCAGUAAGCAUCGGGAAACGCACACCACCGAGCGAGCGCAUAUGUGUGCCGUGUGUGGCAAAUCGUUCAAGUAUCGUGCAUCGCUCGGACGCCACAAGCUGAUCCAUUUCGAGGAACCGAAGCAGAAGUGCACCGUUUGCAAUAUGCUCUUCCUGACAAAAACACGACUGACGAAACAUUUGUUGGUGCACAUGAACGACAAGCCGUUUAGCUGCGACAUCUGCGGGAAAGCGUUUAACCGGAAGGACAAUCUUAAAGCACACAAGAAAACGCACCUAACCGGAAGGAGAAGUGAGAAAAAGGAGGCUACCGUCGAGGAGCGUGUGAAACAAGUAGCACCUCCUGCUAGAACUGCGUGUUUAUACAAAUUUCGCUCGCCAGCUGUCAUCCCGCUUGUCAUUGAGUGUGGUUUGUUUACAAACAAUUUUCAUAGCAAAAUUUUGUGUUGGAUUAACGGCCUACAGAAACACACAUUAACAAUGGCGUUCCCCAGCACACGAUUAUACAGCCUCAAAAUAGAACCAAUCGGGAAACGCAUGCAUUUAAAUAGCAAAGAAAACACUUUCCAAACACCGGAGGAGGACGAUAGCUGCUUUGAGGCAACGAUCUUCAAUGAAGCCAGCAACUAUGACAUUGAUGGAGUGGCGAACGGUAGUAAAGCAAAGCGAAAAAAGAAGCGCUAUUAUUGUACGAUAUGUGGCAAACACUUGCACAACAUUGCGGAGCACCGUCGGAUGCAUCUGAACGUACGCACCCAACAGUGCCCGUACUGUGAGAAAGCUUUCGUGUAUCGUUCGAAUCUGCACGCCCAUCUCAACGUUCAUACGCAGGAGCGCGUUUACCGGUGUGAAAAAUGUGACAGCGAGUUUAGCAGCAUACAGGGCCUCAAACAGCACCGUGCGGUUCACUUCGAGCGGCAGCACGCUUGCACGAUAUGCAACCGGAUGUAUAGCCGUAAGUUUUACCUAACCAUCCACGUGCAGCGGGUGCACACGCCGAAGGAGCAGAAGCACAAAUGUUUGAUUUGUGAUCGAGAGUUUAACAACGAAACGCUGAAGGUGGAGCAUAUGAAGAUCCACGAAGACAGCACACUCCACGAAUGCACCGAAUGCCAUCGGGUUUACAGUGCGAAGCGAAAUCUACUCAGGCACAUAAGAACAGCCCAUCAGGUGCCACAGUCGCCCGGAGGAUGAACAGCACUCUCUAUAUACUGUAAAUAAAUAUAUUUUUUAGUUCUUACAAGCAAUUAAGCUUCGACUUUCAUUGAUCACUUUUCAUCAUUGCUUUAUUGACACAGUAUAGUACAAGUAUAGGUUAGGCGGCUUCGUCGGCCGCUCUCGCAAGCAACAACAUCCAUCAUGCAGCUUCUUAGUGUACACAUGUAUUUAAAAAAAAUCCUCUCAAACUCUAAGUAAUGCGUGCUUCAAACAACUGAACUCGUGAGAGUGAAGCACUGUUUUCACGCACAUGGGAAAAGCACAACAUAUAUUUAUGGGUAUAUAUU